UUCAGUAAUUUAUUGAAAGUGAAGAAAACAAUUGGGAUGAGCGUGAUCACACAUCCUUCGAUGGCAAUGGCAAUGCCCAAAUUGAUGCUAUCCAUUUCCCCUUCCUCUUCCCCUCCACCAACGACGAGCCCACACCCUUCCUUCCCCUUCUUGCUGGAUGCUGCUGCUUCUCUUAUCUCUAGAAGGAGUUUAAUCCUCUGUUCUCCACUUGUAGCCUUAUCUUCUUCUUCUGCUGCUGCUGCUGCACUUGCUCAACCUCCUUCCAAGUCUUUCCUCUCCGGCAUCGCCAACACCAGGUCUUGGUUCCAAUUCUACGGCGAUGGUUUCUCAAUUCGUGUCCCUCCCAACUUCCAAGACAUCAUGGAACCCGAGGACUAUAAUGCUGGACUGUCUCUCUAUGGAGAUAAGGCGAAGCCAAAGACUUAUGCUGCGCGUUUCGCCACUCCCGAUGGAUCCGAAGUUCUGAGUGUUGUUAUUCGGCCAUCUAAUUCACUCAAGAUUACCUUCUUAGAGGCCCAAGACAUUGCUGAUUUAGGCUCUCUGAAGGAGGCAGCUAAAAUAUUUGUUCCAGUUGGCGCAACACUGUAUUCUGCUAGGACAUUUAAGAUUAAGGAAGAAGACGGUUACAGGAAUUAUUACUUUUAUGAGUUUGGUGGAGAUGAACAGCGUGUAGCACUAGUAGCUGCUGUUAACAGUGGAAAGGCUAUAAUUGCCGGAGCUACUGCACCCGAGAGAAAAUGGGAAGAUGAUGGCAUACGCCUUCGCUCUGCUGCUGUCUCUCUGACAAUUGUUUAACGCAAAUUGGAGGUAAAAAUUCUGUUGGCAGGUUCAAGAACAGGGAUUGUACAUUUGGGUGUUGCUGAGAAUGGAGCCAAGGAUUUUCAAGCGGAUUUAGAUAAGUGUUGCUUCAAGUUUUCGAGCAUCAUAUUCAUGGAGGAACACCAAAAUUUUGAGUUAAGGAUGAUAUGAAACUAGCACUUGAAGCCAAAACCGAGUGUGACAGAACCCAUAUAUGUUGAAGGAGAUUGAGAUAUUUAUUUGAAGCUCAUGCUUAUGGGCUUAUUUUUCUUGAAGUAGAUAUGAAAAUAGAGUGUAAAUUGUUGGAUAAUCUAACUUGUAAAAGAUCAAUAAGUCGAACUCAAGAAUGAAAGCAAUAAACGGUUGUAUUA